UAGCGGGAACUGAUUUGCGAAAGGCGAAAGAAACGAACCAAACCAAAAAGGCAAAGACGCGGUACAGCGAGCAACAGCAAAAAUGGAAUUUGAGUGCUCUGCUCUGAGUCUCUGGAGAGAGGCCCUAUCUUCUUACUCGUCUCGCAUCCAAUCACUCAACAAACCCAAUUUGGUUUCUCUCGACGACUUUUACCGCAACGCGCUCCCUUCUCUCCUCCACCAACGAAACCCUAGCCCCUUCAUCACCACCUCCGAGCUCUCUGACCUCAUGCGCUGGAAGCUCACACGUGGCAAAUGGCGGCCGAGGCUGUUGGAUUUCGUAUCGGCUUUGGACGAGGCCGUGGUGAAAUCGGCCUCCCAAAAGGCGUUUCAGGCUCUUCCUGAUAUCUCAAAGGCUAUCUCUGAGCUCACGGUGCUCAAAGGGGUGGGUCCCGCCACGGCCUCUGCCGUUCUGGCAGCUUACGCUCCUGACGUGGCGCCCUUCAUGUCCGACGAGGCUAUGGUUGCAGCUCUUGGCAACUCCAAAGACUAUACACUCAAGCAGUACCUGUUAUUCGUAAAUAAGUUACAGGAGAAAGCAAAGGAACUGACUGCCGAAGGGGAGACCUUCACGCCAUCAGAUGUAGAGAGGGCUUUGUGGAGUGGUGCUGUAGGGGCCAAGCUGCCAUCUUCGCAAUCAGAUCCGGACCUCAAAACUGAUAAAAGUAAAAAUCCCAACAAGAGAAAGCGAAAGCGCUGAUGUAGUGCUCUGCCAUUUAACUGGCUUUGGCAAUGCUUGUAAGUUCUAACUAACUUCAAAACUACAUUAAAAUGCUGUACAAGCAAGUAUUUUAUCAACUCUCAUGAACAAAGCUUGUGCUUUGCAUAUGUUGUAACCUAUCUCUGUAGCUUGUGCUUUGCAUUUUGCAAACUGUGAAUCAUUGACCCAUAUGAGUAAAUAUUGUCUGAAUUUAUUUUAUUUUA